UGGGCCGGUGCCGGGGGCCCGCAGCCGCCUUCGCACGUGCCAAGCGAAUGGGUAGCGCUCCAGCCCGGCCUCUCGCAUCCCACCAGAGACCCGCGGUCACCACUGGCCCCCGGGCUUGAGGCCAUCAGGGCAGGACCCUCCCAGCCAAGGCGCGUGCAUCCCCCCGUGACACCCCCGCCCCUGGGCUGAGCCAAACGACAGGCAACAUGGACGAGAGCUUCCGAGACCGGGCGGCCUUCAUCCGGGGCGCGAAGGACAUCGCCAAGGAGGUGAAGAAGCAUGCGGCCAAGAAGGUGAGCAAGGGCAUGGACCGCAUGCAGGACGAGUACACCAAGCGCUCCUACUCGCGCUUCGAGGAGGAGGAGGACGACGAAGACUACGCGCCGCAGGACGGCUACUACCGGGGCGGCGAGGCGGCCAACGAGGAGGAAGGCGCCUCCAGCGAUGCCACCGAGGGCCACGAUGAGGAGGAUGAGAUCUACGAGGGCGAGUACCAGGGCAUCCCCCGCAACGAGUCGCUCAAGGCCGGCGAGCGCCUGGGCGGCGAGCCGGCGGCCGGCGGCGCCUUCGGCGCCUUCGACGAUGCCGAGGGCCAGCGGCGGAAGGACAAGGAGGAGCUGGCGCAGCAGUACGAGCUCAUCCUGCAGGAGUGCGGCCACGGCCGCUUCCAGUGGACCCUCUACUUCGUCCUGGGACUGGCCCUCAUGGCCGACGGCGUCGAGGUCUUCGUGGUGGGCUUCGUGCUGCCCAGCGCCGAGAAGGACAUGUGCCUCUCCGACUCCAACAAGGGCAUGCUGGGGCUCAUCGUGUACCUGGGCAUGAUGGUGGGCGCGUUCCUGUGGGGCGGGCUGGCCGACCGCCUGGGACGACGGCAGUGCCUCCUCAUCUCCCUCUCCGUCAACAGCGUCUUCGCCUUCUUCUCCUCCUUCGUCCAGGGCUACGGCACCUUCCUCUUCUGCAGGCUGCUCUCGGGCGUGGGCAUCGGCGGCUCCAUCCCCAUCGUCUUCUCCUACUUCUCCGAGUUCCUGGCGCAGGAGAAGCGCGGGGAGCACCUGAGCUGGCUCUGCAUGUUCUGGAUGAUCGGCGGCAUCUACGCGUCCGCCAUGGCCUGGGCCAUCAUCCCCCACUACGGCUGGAGUUUCCAGAUGGGCUCCGCGUACCAGUUCCACAGCUGGCGCGUCUUCGUCCUGGUUUGCGCCUUCCCCUCGGUCUUCGCCAUCGGGGCGCUCAGCACCAUGCCCGAGAGCCCCCGCUUCUUCCUGGAGGUAAGCGGCUGCCCCCGGGCGCCGCGGGCAGGGCCGCGUCCUGCCGCGGUGCUGAGCGCCCGGGGCCCUGCCUUGCAGAACGGCAAGCACGACGAGGCCUGGAUGGUGCUCAAGCAGGUCCACGACACCAACAUGAGGGCCAAGGGCCACCCCGAGAGGGUCUUUUCGGUGACCCACAUCAAGACCAUCAAGCGGGAGGACGAGCUCAUCGAGAUCCAGGCGGACACGGGCACGUGGUACCGCCGCUGGCUGGUUCGGUUCCUCAACCUGGCGCAGCAGGUCUGGAGCAACUGCCAGCAGUGCUUCGCGCCCGAGUGCCGCCGCGUGACGCUCAUGAUGAUGGCCGUGUGGUUCACCAUGUCGUUCAGUUACUACGGGCUCACGGUUUGGUUCCCGGACAUGAUCAAGCACCUGCAGAGCAUCGAGUACGCCUCGCGCACCAAGCUCUUCACCCGCGAGAGGGUCAAGCACUUCACCUUCAACUUCACCCUGGAGAACCAGAUCCACCGCAACGGCGAGUACUUCAACGACAAGUUUAUCGGCCUCAAGAUGAAGUCGGUGAUCUUCGAGGACUCGCUCUUCGAGGAGUGCUACUUCGAGGACAUCACCUCCAGCAACACCUUCUUCAAGAACUGCACCUUCAUCUCCACCGUCUUCUACAACACAGAUCUCUUCGAGUACAAGUUCAUCGAGAGCCGCGUGCUCAACAGCACCUUCCUGCACAACAAGGAGGGCUGCCAGCUGGACUUCAGCGACGACAACAGCGCCUACAUGAUCUACUUCGUGAGCUUCCUGGGCACCCUGGCCGUGCUGCCGGGCAACAUCGUCUCGGCCCUCCUCAUGGACAAGAUCGGCCGCCUCCGCAUGCUGGCCGGCUCCAGCGUCAUGUCCUGCGUGAGCUGCUUCUUCCUCUCCUUCGGCAACAGCGAGUCGGCCAUGAUCGCCCUGCUCUGCCUCUUCGGCGGCGUCAGCAUCGCCUCCUGGAACGCCCUCGACGUGCUCACCGUGGAGCUCUACCCCUCCGACAAGCGGACGACGGCGUUCGGCUUCCUCAACGCCCUCUGCAAGCUGGCCGCCGUGCUGGGCAUCAGCAUCUUCACCUCCUUCGUGGGCAUCACCAAGGCCGUGCCCAUCCUCCUGGCCUCGGGCGCCCUGGCCCUCGGCAGCUCCCUCGCCUUGAAACUGCCCGAGACGCGGGGCCAAGUGCUGCAGUGAGGGCCGGCGGGGCGGGGGGGCCCCCGCCGCCGCCUCCCCUUCCCCGGGGCGGGGGGGAAUUAGUCUCGUUUAGACACUG